CUAGCCGCCCCAGGGCACGACGCAGCCUCCUGAAAUGUCCUGCCCGUGUCCUCUUGGGUAAAGUUCUGCAAGAGAGAUGACCAGUUUCCCUGGUAAGGCAGGUCAUCUGACGCAGUUAGGUACGAUUCUACCUCCGGUGCCCUCUGGGGUCCCCUCUGGGUAGAGCGGCAGAUGAUCUAGGCCAGCGGGGAACCAGGCUCCAGACGCCAAGGUACCGAAGGGCGAUCCGUACGCAUGCGCGAGACACAGUAUGGGGGCGGGAGCGACUGAGCCACUGGCCCGCGUUUGAAAAGAGCAUUCCAGGAAGAACUCUGGAUACAACAGUGAACACAGUGCAUGAUGAUGGCUCAGAUCUUACGCUCUCAUCUGAUAAAUGCUUCACUGAUCCCUCAUCAAGUGAGAAUGCUUCUGUAUCUUGGUGUCGUUAGAAAUAGGAUGAUGUCAACCCAUAAAUCCAAAAAGAAGAUGACAGAAUAUUAUAGGCUUCUAAAUCUAGCUGAAGGAUGCUCUGCAGUUGAUGUCAGGGACUCUUUUCAUAAGCUCGCCAAGCAAUACCAUCCAGACAGCGGCUCUAGUAAUGCAGAUUCUACAGUAUUUAUAAAGAUUGAAGAAGCUUAUAGGAACGUGCUUUCCCAUGUGAUAGAACAAACAAAUGCCAGGCAGAAUAAAACUGAAGAAACAGAAGAAGAAGAAAAUUUCAAAUAUAGUACACCACAACACCGACACUACUUAAGUUUUGAAGGUAUUGGCUUUGGGACUCCAAGUCAGCGAGAGAAGCAAUAUAGGCAAUUUAGGGCAGACCGUGCAGCAGAGAAAGUAUUGGAAUACCAAAAGCAGAAACUGCAACACCAACAUUUAGCCAAUAGUUUAACCGUUAAAGAUGUAAGACAGAGCAAAGAACAAAAAAUAACUCAAGCGAUAGAGCGUUUAGUGGAGGACCUCAUUCAGGAAUCAAUGGCAAAAGGAGACUUUGACAAUCUCAGUGGGAAAGGAAAACCUCUAAAAAAGUUUUCUGGCUGUUCAUACAUUGAUCCCAUGACUCACAAUCUGAACAGAAUAUUGAUAGAUAAUGGGUACCAACCAGAGUGGAUCCUAAUGCAAAAGGAAAUAAAGGAUACCAUUGAGCAGCUGAGAGAGGCAAUUUUAGUGUCUAGGAAAAAACUUGGGAAUCCAAUGACACCUAUGGAACAGAAACAGUGGAACCAAGUUUGUGAGCAGUUUCAAGAAAACAUCAGAAAACUAAAUAAGCGAAUUAACGAUUUUAAUUUAAUUGUUCCCAUCUUUACCAGGCAAAAAGUCCAUUUUGAUGCACAGAAAGAAAUUAUCAGAGUCCAGAAACUAUAUGAGACCUUUAUAGAAACAAAAGAAGUCACAGACAAAAACCCAAAUGACAUUAAUCAGGAAGAAGAGAAAACAACUGAAGCCAAGACAGGGUUUUUAAACUGGUUGAAUCUAUGGAAGUUUAUUAAAAUCUGAUCAUUCCAAUGUUCCCUGUCAUAGUACUGCCACCAUUAGUUUUCAGUUGCACUGACAUAAACAUAAAGCCUGCUAUGUCACAAGAAUUUGAGAAUUGUGUACCUCUUUACUAUUCAUGAAACUAAUCACAUCCCCAAGUGAUGUCUGAGAAAACUAAGAAACUGAGUCCGGAUUUUUCAAUCAGCUUUGCUCUGAGGAUACAGCAAGAAAGGAAGUGAAAUUACUUCUAAAGGGAAAAAAAUACAUUUCAGAAUCUAGAACUGAGCCUCACACUCAGUUCUGGCUAUUCCAGAAGUUUCAGUGCAGUUUUAAGUUCUAAUAACUUAAAAGCAGUUACUGGUUACCAUUUUCAAUCACAGGCACUUAAAUACCAACAAAAGUCAAGUAUGCAUUAUCAAACACAAAACUGAAGAAGUAUGAUGAAAUGUAACUAACUAAACCUCCAAAUGAUACACAUUUUAUGCAUGUUCUUAUUAAAGCUCAAAACUGUUCUAAGACUUUUGGAAUACCCAUGACAUGGGGGAAAUGUUAAAAUCAGAAAAUUAGCCUAAUGGUGUUAGGUAUUUUCAUACUAGAAAGGCCGCCUUGGUGGGUACUGAAUGAAGGAAACACCAAACAUUCAGGUGGUUCUUUUUCCUGCCUAAUUUCAUGAUCCAUUGGCUGCACAAAUCAAUCAGGCAAGCUAGUUGAAAUUCUACAAAUAGACUCCAUUGUCCACUUUUAAAGAGUUUAAAAAAUCUUUUUUUUGUGACUUUUCAGAGGUGGUAAAAAUCCUUCAACUCAAUGCAAAUGUAAGAUUCACUUUUCAUUUCUUCUCUGAUUGCAGGUUAACAUGCUAGGUUUCCAUAAAUUUACCUCAAGCCUCCCUAUGUCUUAAAUCAGACUCCCAAGAGGCUUCUCAGUGAUGUGAAAGUCCUAACUUACUGUCUUAGGAACCUAAUAUUUCCUGUCUUAGGACCCUUUAAUAUAAUUAAAGACAAGAUAUCCAAAUUUUGUGCAUUUGCAUCUUUAGCAAAUGACAAGAAAUUGAAAUUUGUGGAUUAGGUCCUGUUCACUUUCAGAAAAAUCUGACAUUUUCAGGUUUAGAUGAUUUCUUUCGGGCAUUUAGAAGGAAGUAGAAGGUAGUGAAAAGGAUCUGUUUCAGGAGUGCUGUGGUAUAGGUGUGAUUCAGAAGUAUGAUAGUCAACACUCUGGUUUUGAAUAAACAAAUUAUUUUGUAAAGCAUGUGAUAGAUUAAACAAACCAUUUUCAAAAAGGAAAUUUGGAGCCUUUCUGCUUAGAUGAUGGGGCAUUAACUAGUAUAAUAUGUGAUUUUGUUUAAUUGAAUGAGUUAUCAUUUGGCUUCUAUGAUGACAGUAUUACUGUAAACAAAACUGAACAUUAGGAAAUACAGCUUUAUUGUAAAGGCUACAAUGGAGCCCAUGAUUCUAUGAAUCUUGUUAAAAAUGGGAGUUAGAUAUAAGAAGCCUAAUUGCAUUGCAGCAAACAUAUGAAUGAAACCAUUUUCAAUAUUGGACAAUGGGAAGGCAAGGUUAGGAGAAAACUUCAGUAAAUUACUCAUUUCAGCACAGUGCACUUUAUGUUUGUAAAUGUCUAU